AUGGAAGGCCUCGUCUCCCAGCACCCAACAGCACACCAGUUCGCCCUUCCUCUCGACGCACAUUACUCCUCACGACCAUCCAACGCCUACUCCCCCAAGCUCCUCUACCCAUCCCACAACAGCUCCCCCGCCCACCUUUACGACCAGUCUUUCGCCCAACGCUACCCCUCCACCUCGCAACACUCUCUCCAGGUCCAGACAGCCCACCCCGCACCCCACGAACACGAGCUUGAAGAGCACACCGCCCACCCCGUACGCACACACGGAGGCUCCCAGGAACCCGACGACAGCAUGGACAUGGACCCCGAACACCAGCAAUCCAUCGCCGAUGCCCUCACCGACAACCCUGGCCCGAAUGGCGGCCUCAGCCGGCCACUGACCAUGCAGGAGCGCGACAUCCUCUCCCACCUCGACCGCCUCAAGUUCUUCCUCGCCACGGCGCCUUCGCGCUGGAGAGACGACGGCUUCUCCGGCCCCGAUCCCUCCACAGUACCAGCCGGCCACCCGCACAGCGCGCAUCCGGCCCUCAACCGCUUCCUGCUCCCCAACUCCGAGUACGUCUCCUGCGUCCUCUGGGGCGGCCUCUACCACAUCACCGGCACGGACAUCGUGCGCGCGCUCGUGUUCCGCUUCGAGGCCUUCGGUCGCCCGGUUCGGAACAUGAAGAAGUUCGAGGAGGGGGUGUUCUCCGACCUCCGCAACCUCAAGCCGGGCGUGGAUGCCUGCCUCGAGGAGCCCAAGUCGCCCUUCCUCGAUCUGCUCUUCAAGUACCAGUGCAUCCGCACGCAGAAGAAGCAGAAGGUGUUCUACUGGUUCUCGGUGCCCCAUGAUCGACUGUUCCUCGAUGCCCUCGAGCGUGACCUCAAGCGCGAGACCCGUGGAGAGGAGCCGACGACUGCCGUGGUCGGUGAGCCCGCCCUGUCGUUCACGUACGACCGUAAGCGGUCCCUGUACGAGCAGUUCUCCAAGGCGUCUGGAAACCGGGAGGGCGAAGGCGAGCUCGAGGCCGCGUCCGCCGCGCGGACGAGGCUCAGGCGAACGCCGAUGACAGCGACAAGCCGUCGACCCCGGCUCGUCCUCGCGCAAGAAGAAGUCGAUGAACACGCACUCGCCCUUCUUCUCCAUGUUCUCGCUCUUCGAGGGCUCCCCACUUACAAGCAGCGCCGCAAGAAGGUCCCCAAGGGCUCCCGCAAGUCCCCCACCGCGCCCGAGAUGCACCACGCGCACGGCCUCCACCGCGGCGACGAGUUUGGCGUGCCUGCGAACGGGUACCACUACCGCGAGCCGCACCUGGACCGCUUCGGGCGCGAGACCAUGCGCCUGAGCGCCGGGGACAUGUUCGUCGGCCAGGCCCGCGGCGACUACAACGGCCAGUCCAACCCGGACAUCGUCGCGAACCAGAAGGAGCGCCAGCGCCGCGCCCUCGAGGCGAACCCCGUCGCCGGCAGCAGCAAGCAGCAGCCCUACGGGCUCUCCGGGCCUGGCGUCACCGCCGAGAAGCUGGUCUUCCAAGGGCAGAACGACAUGGCGGCUGCGUACGGCAUGGCCGCCGCCGCAACGUCCUCGACCGCGGCCGCCAUGGGCUUCGCCAACCAGCAGGCCGCGUUCGCGCAGCAGCGCCUCGACCACAGCAUCACCCUACCCACGCGGAGCCGACCCGCGUUCGUCUGCCCGCUGUUCUCGUGCGGGCGGAUGUUCAAGCGGAUGGAGCACCUCAAGCGGCACCUCCGGACGCACACCCUCGAGCGGCCGUUCCAGUGCGACCGGUGCAAGAAGCGGUUCUCGCGCUCGGACAACCUCACGCAGCACGUCCGCACCCACGACCGUCGCGACGCGGCGUCGGCGUCGGGCCUCCCUGCGGCGGAGCCUUACGAGAUCGAGGAGCCCGAGGAGGGCCUGCUCGACGCCGAGCUCGGGGACGCGGACGACAUCGACCAGCAGCUCAAGUACAUCCCCGGCGUGAACGGCAUCACGAGCGUCCAGAUGUGCGAGGUCGAGGUCCAGGGCCUCGUCCACGACGUGCAGGGCGAUGAGGAGGGUCUCGUCACCACCACCGGCGCCGUCGCGCCCCUGAUGGCGCCUCCGACGGAGAUGACAGGCCAGGUCCAGCAGCCGCAGGGCAUCGUCGGCCAGCACCAGCAGGCGCGCUCGCAGCAGCCGUCGCCGGCGUCGUUCGCGCGGCUCGACGCCUCCUUCCACACGCACCCGUCGACGGACUACAUCACCUCGAUCUCCGCGCCGUCCCACAAGCUGACCUUCGACCACGGCGCGCUCUACCCCCCGGAGAUGCAGCAGCAGCACGGCGCGGGCCCGAUCCGGCGGCACCGCAGCGCGACGCCAAGCAUCGCGCGCUUCGGCGAGAGCAUCCGGCGGCCGUACUCGGCCGCGCUGAGCGACGCCGGGGCGCGCGCGUACCACCCGUACGCGCACGCGGCGACCGCGACGGCGUCGACGCACAGCAGCCCGAUGGCGUACACGGUGCCGCUCGGGUACGACGGCGCGCCGCGCGCCGCGCACUCGCGCCAGGGCUCGGGCAGCGGGGUCGAGAUGGCGCACAUGCUCGCGAUGGACGGCGUGGACGGGUACCCGCAGGCGCAGCAGCAACAGCAGCAGCAGCAGCAGCCGAUGCAGGGCAUGUACCGGACGGACUCGCCGAUGCAGUACUCGGCGUACGACUUGCAGCAGACGGCGCACCAGCAGCAACAGGAGAUGUACGCGGUCGGCCUCGUGGACGCAGCGGCGCAAGCGGCGGCGCAGUACGCGCCGCAGGUGCCGGUCACGACGGGCUACUACCCACACCCGCACCACUCGCUCUAG